GCCCACCUAUCCACCACCGCGAUAUAUUCGCCGCCGCCCACACCUUCCUCCAAAUUUCCCCAUCCCACCCUCCGCACCACACCCAUCGUCUCCUCCAGUCCUCCGCCUAGCCUUGCUCUGCUCUUCUUGGAUUGCGACACGUGGUUGAUCAUUUGCGGAGAGGGCCUCCAAAAACGAGUUUUUUUUCCUGGGGAAAGAUUUGUUUUUCCCUUUCCGCGCAUUGGGGUGGGAUCAGGGAUGAGGGGAAACGAGGGGCUACUUCACCUGGCCCGAUUCCCACCUCUCUGAACUUAGAUGGAUGCAUCUGUGAACGCCAAGAAGAAGGUUAGUUUCUGUGGAAGCACUGGCCACAGCCGCUGCGGUGAAGUUCAUAAACGUGUUUGGUCCUGCCGUAUGCGAGACCGGUCCUUGAAAAGAACCCACCCCUUUUCACUUCAGUAUUGCAGGUUUGGUUUGCAUUCCCAUUCAAGUAUAAAAGAAGUAGUAUUUGGCAUGGCAUUUGAAUAGUAUCAGAACAUUGAAACAAAGCGUUGCAUCAAUAUCACGUUACAUUGGUGUUAUACCACUAUAGAAAACGAUGGUGGAGGAACUGUUUUAUAAGAGCAGUGAUGAUCACAGCAUCAGCUCUGAGGAAGAAGAUAUGCUUGUCAGGAGUUGUAGCAAUCUCAAUGUCAGCUUUGGAUACCAUUGUGAUUCUUAUCAGAGCUUUUCUCCUGAAAUUGAUCAUGAGUCUGGCAUCUCUCCUAAGAAGAAAUUUGGAACUACUGCCAUGAUGGGGUCACGAAAUGGAUCAUUUACUUGUUUAUCUGGUGCUGCAAUCAGUGCAAAUUUCACGCUGGCUAAUACAAAUAUUUGCAAAGGUCUUAUUGGCGAAGAAAUUUUACCAGAGCUAGAUUCACCAAACUCUUUCAGAAAAAUUGUUUCUUCUCCAUCAAUGUCAAGAUUGGACUUAUUAUCCAACUCACAAGGCAGCCCUGUAUCAACUGAGAGCUCUAUAUUUGAAAUCAGUAAAAAUCUUUGGAGGUCCAGCGCUCCAACAACUGUAUCAUCUAAUUUUCUGACCAGUACAGAGGUGAAAAUGGCUGGUGGAGCUGCUGGAGAGGAUAGAGUCCAAGCUGUGUGCUCUGAGAAAAAUGGAUGGUUGAUUUGUGGAAUAUAUGAUGGAUUUAAUGGGAGAGAUGCAGCUGAUUUUCUAGCGGUAACUCUAUAUGAUAACAUAGUAUAUUACUUAUACUUGUUGGAGUGUCGGAUUAAGCAACAAAAUGGUCUGGAUAAUCCAUCAGAAAGCUCUCUUAAUGGUGUCAAAAGUGAGUUAACACUAGCCAUGAGAAUUGCAGAAAAUGAAGACAUAAAAUUUUCUGAAGCAUUUCGGGCUGGUUUGCUGAAUUGCCUUGCUGCUGCUGUUGAGCAAGCUGAGAAUGACUUUUUAUGCAUGGUUGAACAAGAGAUGGAUGAUAGACCAGAUUUAGUUUCAGUAGGGUCUUGUGUUCUGGUUGUGCUUCUUCAUGGAAGAGAUCUGUGCAUCUUAAAUCUUGGUGAUAGUAGAGCUGUUCUUGCUUCCAUGCCAUAUGCAGAAAAUGGUACCUUGAAGGCUACCCAAUUGACGGAGACCCACUCACUUGAAAAUCCACUGGAGUACCGAAGACUUUUAGCGGAUCAUCCCAACGAUUCUUCCGUUGUAAGGGGUAACAAAAUAAAAGGAAAGCUGAAGGUUACUCGUGCUUUUGGAGUUGGCUAUCUAAAGCAGAAAAAGUUAAAUGAUGCACUCAUGGGCAUUCUCCGAGUUCGCGAUUUGUGCAGCCCACCUUACGUUUAUACAAAUCCACACACAUUGAGUCACAAAGUUACAGAUGAUGAUUUGUUUGUUGUGCUUGGUAGUGAUGGCUUAUUUGAUUUUUUCAGUAACGAUGAAGUUGUUCUGAUGGUUUAUCAAUUUAUUCAUGAUAAUCCAAUCGGGGAUCCUGCAAAAUAUCUCAUUGAGCAACUUUUACGCAAAGCAGCCAAGGAAGCAGCUUUAACAGCUGAAGAAUUGAUGAGGAUACCUGUUGGGAGUAGGAGAAAGUACCACGAUGAUGUGACCAUCAUUGUUAUCAUACUCGGAAAUGCGCAGUGGACGAUUGCUGCAUCAACUUAACUGUGAAAGAAUGGAGAGCUAGACAGAUGGGCUAUCAGCUGGUCAAAUUGUGUUGUUCACAUACGACUAUUCCCAAUUAUAUGAUUUUGAUGAGCCUGGUGUGGUAGUCAAUAAAUUUGUAUGUAUCCUUUGGAAUAUUGGUAGUGAACAAAACCUUUUGUUAAAUCAAAAGGUGCACAUGGAUUUGUUUGGCCUAUUUUUGUACAUUACUCAAACAUGGAUGCUCUUCGCUGAGACUGGAUUCCAUGAACGGAAUCUUAAACCCUUUCUAAUUUCUAUUUUAAGCUUU